AGUCAUGUCUAAAAAGAUUUUAACCAAUCAGCUCCUGAACCCAAAUGGAAAAAAAUAUGUAGUAUACGUUAGUAUUUACAACUAUAGCAAACUGUAGUACAAUUCGCAAGUAGUAAAUAUUAGAGUAUACAACAGCAUUUACUACAGUUUACAAUUCACUAUAGGACACAUUAACAAAGUACAAAAAUUAAGUACAAAAAAUACUUAGUAUACUGCAUUUUAUUACACUAUACUAAAGUAAACUACAGUAUUUUCCUACGUGGGGAUUUACUGGCACAAAUACUCUAUGCUCUUUUUCAAAAAUAUACAUUUGAUGUCGCAUUCUGUGGAUAUUGCUGAUUUUACAGUCAAUUCUUACAAGAAUUAACAUCUCUAUGCCUGCACCAUGCAUUCGUUGUGUUUGCUAGUGCUUGCACAUUCACGUGCAUCUUACUCAUUCUCCUCAAACACUUCUGAUGACUAAUAAAACACGUCCUGAGAUCACCUCCUCCGCUCGGACACGCGGAAAGAGGCGGAGCCACUGCGAUCCACGCGUACUCAAUACUGAAAGCACAGUUGUAAUGUUCGCCAGUGUGUAACAGGCAGCUCGAGGAGAAAACGUAAGUCUCGUGACGAGAAAUGUUACCACUGAAACCGUCGAACGAGAAGUUUUAAAGCGCCAACACUUUGAAGACGAAUGCGUGCUGUGAAGAUCCGAGUGUGGAUAAGAAAUACGUUCAAAGAUGUCUGUCAGUAAUCACGAAAACCGAAAGUCAAGGUCAAGCGCCGGGUCCAUGAACAUCCAUCUGUUCCACAAGACGUCACACGCGGACAGCCUGCUCACCCAGCUCAACCUCCUCCGCCAGCGGCGUCUCUUCACCGACGUAGUCCUGCGAGCUGGCCGGCAGGCAUUCCCGUGCCACAGGGCUGUGCUGGCGUCAUGCAGCCGCUACUUUGAGGCCAUGUUCAGCGGGGGUCUGAAGGAGAGCCGCGACGCCGAGGUCAACUUUCACGACUCUUUGCACCCAGAGGUGCUGGAGCUUCUGCUCGACUACGCCUACUCUUCGCGGGUCAUCAUCAAUGAAGAAAAUGCUGAGUCCCUGCUGGAGGCCAGCGAUAUGCUCCAGUUCCUUGACAUAAGAGAUGCCACCGCCGAGUUUUUGGAGAAGAACCUGCAUCCAUCGAAUUGCCUCGGGAUGAUGCUUCUGUCUGAUGCCCAUCAGUGCAUGAGGCUGUACGAACUUUCUUGGCAGAUGUGCUUGGCUAAUUUUGCUAAUCUGUACCACACGGAGGACUUCUUAAGCCUGCCAAAAGAUAAAGUCCAAGAGCUCGUUUUUAGUGAAGAAUUGGAGGUAGAAGAUGAAAGUAUUGUGUACGAGGCUGUUAUUGACUGGGUACGAGCAGACAUUGGGAGGAGACAUCUUGACCUUCCUGACCUCCUUCGGUGCGUCCGCCUUGCGCUGCUGCCGGAGACCUACUUGCUGAAGAACGUCGCGUCUGAGGAGCUCGUCAUGGGACACAAGGUGGGCCGCGAGAUUGUGGAAGAUGCUGUCCGUUGCAAAAUGAAGAUACUUCAGAACGACGGAGUUGUCACGGGCUUCUGCGCUCGACCCCGAAAGGUCAGCCAAGCCCUUCUGCUCCUAGGUGGCCAAACGUUCAUGUGUGACAAAGUUUACAUGAUCGAUCACAAAUCGAAGGAGAUCACACCCAAAACGGACCUCCCCAGCCCUCGCAAAGAAUGUAGCGCGUGUGCUAUCGGCUGCAAGGUGUACGUCACUGGCGGUCGAGGGUCUGAAAACGGGGCUUCAAAAGACGUUUGGGUCUACGACACCCUUCACGACGAAUGGUCCAAGGCUGCACCAAUGCACGUGGCUAGAUUCGGACACGGUUCAGCGGAACUUGACCACAUCUUGUAUGUUGUUGGUGGACACACAUCUCAAACGGGAUCGUUUCCCGCAUCCCCAUCUGUGUCUCUCAAACAAGUUGAACAAUACAACCCACAAUCCAACAAGUGGACGUUAGUAGCUCCUCUUCGAGAGGGCGUCAGCAACGCUGCUGUUGUUGGUGCUAAAAACAAACUGUUUGCUUUUGGUGGGACUAGUGUCAACCGGGACAAGUAUCCCAAGGUUCAGUGCUUUGACCCGUGUGAGAACAGGUGGACCGUGCCUGCAACUUGUCCUCAGCUUUGGCGCUACACAGCAGCGGCGGUCGUCGGCAACCACGUCGUGGUCAUCGGCGGAGACACGGAGUUCUCGGCGAGCUCAGCUUAUCGCUUCAACAGCGAGACGUUCCAGUGGACCAAGUUCAGCGACGUCACUUCCAAAAGAAUCAGCUGUCAUGCGGUGGCAUCUGGGAAUCGGCUGUAUGUGGUCGGGGGCUACUUUGGGGCGCAGAGGUGUAAAACCUUGGACUGCUAUGACCCAUCCACAGACUCAUGGGACAGUGUAACCAGUGUACCUUAUUCACUUAUCCCGACCGCAUUCGUCAGCACCUGGAAGUAUCUUCCAUCUUGAAGAAAAUUCAACUUCUUUUAGAUCUCCGCCGCUCUCUGGAAUGCACUCGAGUGCCCCCCAAGAGGCUCCGGAAUGCCGGGGGAGGCGAUUUUUCUCCCCAUUCACAUGGACCUCGCGCUGGAACCCAAAGGUCAGGGCGAGUGGAAGGAUAACCAUGGCAACCAGAGCCCAUCUGAGCUUACUUCACCAUGCAGUUCUGACCUAUGCCCAGAAGCGUUUGACUGUAGCCGAAAUGCAGAAACACUGUGAACGAAUUGAAAUUCAGACUUUACUCAUUAACCCGAGUUAUUUCUACCGUGAAGUUUCACAAAUGCGACUGCUUUAGAUUUUAAGCGAUAAAGUGCGCUCGCUCACACGGAUCCUAUGAAUGUGAAUAUUUACGUUGCCUACGGUCGCUCAGCUUUGCAAACUUCACAGGAGGAUCUUUGAACGAGAAAAUGUACUUAGAACUGUAAAGAAUUGUUUUGUCAGGCCGUGCUGCCUUUGAUGUAGAAUAAUGUCUCUGUUGUUGCCUUGAUCGUCGAAUAUGUCGUGUAGGAAUUUUCACAACACUGAUCUGCACUGUAUUUUAACUAUAGUACUAGAUGAAUAGCCUGACUAGGUGUGUCUCAAGAAAGUGUCUGUGAGAUAUUUCACUCCAAAAAACAAAAGCCAAGUUGUCUAAUAUUUUGAAUGGAAAAAAGUUGGAUUUCUACAUCAAGGUUAUCUUUGUUGUACUUCCAUUAAAUUUAUGCUCAUUUGAAAAAGAAAUAGGAAAAAAUUAAAAAUAGGAGGCAAUGAACAUUUUAUAAAGUUUUAAAAAUGUGACAGUCUCGAAAUAUGAUGCACAAUUUAUUCGUUUUGAUGGUGUGAAAAGUUUUCUUGAGAUUCACCGACUAUUGAAUAACACGUAGUUUACAAUGUGAAUGACAUUCAUUGACACGCUUUAAUUCUAGGUUGGUUUCAACUAUUAAAGCUGUUUGGAUUUCUUCCUAAUGGUUUUGUGCCAAACGUUCGCUGUUGACUAAACUGUUCUGAAGUUGUACUAAAAUCUAACUUCCUAACUGUUGCCGUACAUGUAGCUUUGAACAUUGUUUUAUGUAUAUUUGUGAAGUCUUAUUUUAUUUUAUUUGUAUGUCGAUUUUGCACAUUUUGUUGAGACGCUGUCCUUCUCACUGUUGAACAGUCAUGUAUGCCCAUAAGGGUGUGUCUUUAAACGCUAGACUUUAGAAUGUGUUGCUUUAGGCCAAAGUAAAGCAGCACAGAUGUUACCAGCUAAAUUUCAAGAUGUUCUUUAUUUUCAUGUACAAUGUCUUAAUUUUGUUCAUUUUGACUUUUUGAUAUCACUGUUUUUAGUUUUUCGUAUAUGUCUGUCUGUCCUGAACACGGGUCUUGUUUCCUGUCGCACCAAAUAUUACUGUUUCAAGCAUGUUUCAGACAACAGUGUGUGAUGUUUUUUCAUUGUUAAAAUAAACUAUUUGUAAAAAUAAGA